AUGCACAAAGUCUUUCCCUCAGACUUUUUCAAUUUCGAAUUUCUGCGACUACUUGGCACUGUUCCAUUCCAGGGUGCCGAAGUCGGGGAAUGUCUCGCAACUGCCAGUCGUAUCACAGAUGGCGACCCAGAGAGCUGGUAUAAGGCCUGGAGAGAACAAGCCGAAAAGGCACAGGCUUUGGCUGAGGAAGCUGCUGCUGUCGACGACAGAACAGGAGCAUGUUGGGGUUACAUUCGCUCAGCCAAUUACUGGCGUGCUAGCGAGUUUCUUCUGCAUUGUACUCCCGAUGAUCCACGAAUUAUAUCUUCGUCAAAGGCCAGUGUUGCGGCAUUUGAUAAAGGAUGGGUGUUACUAGAUGCCACUGUCAAGAACUUUGAGAUUCCGUACGACAAAGACAUCAAACUACCAGGAAGACUUUAUGUUCCUGCCCCUCACCACAGACUACCUGGCAAGAUCCCACUUGUUCUUCAGACUGGUGGUUUUGACUCUACCCAAGAAGAACUGUACUUUUACGGUGCUGCUGGUGCUCUUCCCCGAGGCUAUGCUGUCUUUAGCUUUGAUGGCCCCGGUCAGGGUCUUCCUCUACGACUGGGAAAGCUGAGCCUUCGACCAGACUGGGAACAUGUCGUCAACCAGGUCUUGGAUUUCGUCACGGAUGAAGUCGCUGCUGACUACGAUCUGGAUCUUGAUCGUCUCGCCAUUUUCGGAGCCUCGUUGGGUGGGUAUCUAUCACUGCGCGCUGCUGUUGAUCCUCGAAUCAAGGCAUGCGUCUCUUGCGAUGGACCCUACGAUCUGUUUGAGAUUACUCGCAGCCGCAUGCCGCCCUGGUUUAUCAAUGGCUGGGUAUCUGGUUGGUUAAGCGACGGUAUCUUCAACUGGGUCGUCGACCGUCUCACAGCCAUCAACUUCCAGAUCGCAUGGGAGUUUGGUCACGGAAAAUGGGUCUUUGGGGUAGAUACCCCCGCAGAUGUCCUUCGUGUAAUGCAACAGAUAUCACUCAAGGGCGGUUACCUCUCCAAGAUCAAGUGUCCCACUCUGAUCACCGGCGCAGCAGAUUCUUUCUACUUCACGCCCGACCUGAACUCGGAACCCAUUUUUGAGGAGCUUACAUCGCUGGGGCCCAACGAUAAGCACUUGUGGGUUGGUAAGGGAGUGGAGGGUGGUGGUUUGCAGGCUAAGAUUGGGGCUUUGGCUGUGGUUCACCAGAAAAUGUUCUCGUGGCUGGACGGCACUUUUGGAAUCAAGCGGGACGCGCUAUGA